CUCUUCGCCUCCGACGAGGAGGGCGCCGGCGCCGCGGCGGCCGUGCCCGAGGCGGGGAAGAAGGAGAAGAAGGCGAAGAAGGAGAAGAAGGACCGACAAGUCCGAGAAGAAAGACAAGAAGGACAAGAAGGCCAAGAAGGAGGGGAAGGACGACAAAGAGAACGUGGAGGUCACGAAGCCCAUGCAGGAGCCGGCUGCGGACGACAAGGAAAUUGACCUGGAGGGGGCGAAGCAGAGCAAGCUGAGCAAGAAGGACAAGAAAGACAAAAAAGACAAGAAAGACAAGAAGGACAAGAAGGAUAAGGAGAGACAAAAAGGAAAAGAAGAGCAAGGUCCUCGAGGCCGCGGCCGCGCCCGAGAUCCCGAUGUUCCCGACGCCUUCGCCGGCGCCGACGCCGUCUCCGGCGCCGGUCCUGUCGUCGCCCGUGCUGCCAGUGGCGGAGCAGGAGGACGAUCUUGGCGCGGGCAUAAGGGAAGGCAAGGACAAGAAGUCCAAGGACGGAUAAAAAGGCAGACAAGAAGGACAAAAAGGACAAGAAGGAAAAGGAGGGGAAGGAUGACAAUGAGAAACAAGAGAAGAAGGAGAAGAAAGACAAAAAGGAGAAAAAAAACAAAAAGCGGAAGGCCGAAGCUCUCGAGGCGGUUGGCACCACAGAGCAGCCCGCCGACCUCGUGGCGGCGACCGAACAGCCGCCGGCGCCCGCCUCCGUGGCGGACGUGCUCCAGGACGCCCCCCCAGGCGGACGCGGAGAUCGCCGAGCAGGGCGACAUCAUGAAGGACUUCUUCGCGGAGGCGCUGGCCUUCGAGGAGGACGUCCUGCCCUCGGAGCAUCUGCCCUCGGAGCACCUGCCCUCGGAGCACCUGCCUUCGGAGGACUUAGUCGGUGCGCCUUCGGUGGCGUCGCCGGCGGGCGAGCAUCUGCCACAGAGCAGAGGAGCGCGAAGAAGGCCAAGAGGCGGAAGGGCGAGUCGCAGGCGCAGGAGGAGGCGGAGGACAGAUAAGACCAACCUCACCGAGAAGUGGUCCCAGGUGCUCGAGACAAUCAAGGUCAAGAGACCGCUGCUGGUGUAUGAGCAGGACUCGAUCCCCUAUCAAGACUUCAUCAAGCAGAUGCAUAACAUGGCAGAUCUCGACAUAGCGGAGCAUGCAGCUGGUCGGCCGAUGCUGGCCAAGCUGUCCUUGGUGCCGAAGGCAGCGGCCCUGCGGGGGUGCCUGUCGGACGUGUUCGUCUCUUCGGGGGGCUGUGAGGCGCUGGCGAGGUGGCUGCAGCCGCUGCCCGACGGGCAGCUGCCCAACGUGCACCUGCGCAACGAGAUGACAAAGUGCAUGAUGCGCCUGCCCAUCAACAAGGAGGCGCUGGCCAGCUGCAAGGGGGCACUGCUGGGCCAGAUCGUGACGAAGCUGGCGAGAAACCCCCUGGAGACGGUGGAGAACAGGAAUCGAGGUGCGGGGCGCUGGUGCAGAAGUGGGUCAAGCAGGUCCUGCUGA